AUGCCCACAGAUGACAAGUGCCCAUGGAUGUUCCAAAAAAUCAAUGUCAAAUUGGAGGCGAACUGGUCUGUCUUUCAGCAUGACUUUGCUCCUAGUUACAAGGAUCUAUUUGAAUCUGGUGUCAAUGCUGGAUAUUAUAAUGUUGACGAUGUACUUGACAAUGAAUUUGACAAAUGGGUCAUCGUUCACAAUCGAACUCCUCCUCAUGCCAACACCAAGAAGGUCUUGCCUCAUGGGAUUCCCGAACUAAGCUGUGAGAAGCCAGAGCAGUUUGGAGCUCUUGAUUUCAAGAGCUCAUUGACCAUCUUGAAGCAGAAUUUUCCCCUCCUGACCACCCAGUCUUUCAGCUCACACCACCUUUAUUCCAUGAACAUUGGGUCUCCUGUGAUCACUUUUUGUACAUUCUGGGACAUGUACCGCCAAUUAUCCUAUUGUUUCCAUCAAGAUUUGGAGACUGAUCAUGAUGAGGCAAUGGCCUCUCUCAUUUCUUCACAACACACACAAACACAGGAGGUUGAGCAGGAUUUAAUUCCACUCAUUGAAGGUCUGAAGGAACUUUGGCAGGGUGAUCAAGUUGUUGGCCCAUCUAAUCAUGAUGGUGAUGGAUCUGACUAUGCUUCCUUCACUGAUGAUUCAGAUGAAGAGUCCAAAGGUGAUACAUAA